AUGGAUACCUCAGAGGGCGCCGACGACCCCGGGGGCCGCUACUACAACUGCCAGCAGCGGGUGGCGCUCGCGUUUGCGCACGUGCUCCAGGAGCACCCGGAGCUCACCAUGUCGCAGGCACUGGAGCGCGUCUGGAAGGAGGAGUGGGGGCCGGUUCCCAAGAGUGCGGCCAGGCACUGCAAGAAGUGGCGGGAGCGCUUGGAGUCAGAGGCGGGUGUUGAGGACGCCGCCGGGCGCGGCCGCAAGGUGAAGCUGCCCGACGAGGUGGCCACUGAGGCGGCCAAGCUCGUCAAGGCGGGGUUUGAGGUCAGGCCUGUGCGUGGCAGUCAAAGCCUGCCGGCGCGCCGCAACGGCUUCCACACCAUCGGCGACGCCAUUCGCCGGGUCCCCAGGCUGAAGGAGAUCCUGGACAAUUAUGACAUCACCGCUGACCACCUCCUGCGCCGCAUGCACGCGGUCGAUCCGGGGCUGCACUGGGGCAGGGUGGAUGUCAAGGCCGCGCUGACCGACGCACACAAGCUCACUCGCCUGACCUAUGCACGCAAGGUGCUGGCCUUGAUAGCCCAGGAUCCCAGUUUCCUGGACUUUGUUGUGUGGGUGGACGAGGUCAAGAUCUGGCUGUUCUCAGGGAAGGCCUCGGACGUGCAUGUGUGGUGUGACGCGCAUGAUCAGGGGGUGCGGCUGGUGGUGCCUGGCUGCGGCACGGUCGGCGGCAAACCUGUCAUUGUGGCCCUUUACGCCGCCGUCAACGCCAAGCUGGGUCUGGUGGGCUGGCAGUACACCUACCCCACCACCGGCUUCCCUGACAAGUGGCAGCAGCGGGCGUACGGGCGCAUCGCUGGCGCCGCAGAGCGCAGGGACACAGAUUACAAGCGGCACACGCGCACGGGCCCCGGCAAAGUGGCGGGGCCCAUCGACCUGCACGGCCAAGCCGGCGGCGGCAUUCCAGAAGUCCAGUUGGCCGUGCCAAAAUGGCAGUUUGGGCUGGGGCACAAAGGCACCGUGUGGGCAGAGGCUAUCCAAGUGCCGCCGGAGAGCGAGAAGCAGAAGGCGCCGCGCGCGGAGGAUUUUGUGGACAUCAUCAAGGUGCUGGCGCUGCAGGCAGAGCGGCAAUUGCGGCUGGCUGGCAUACAGCACGCGCCCGUCAUGUCGUUUGACAACGCCAGCAUCCACAACACCGAGGCCGUGGCGGCGGCGCUGCCGCCACACAUCGAGCGCCUGACGCUUCCCGCGCGCAGCCCUGACCUGCACAAGGUCAUAGAGCACACCUUUGGCCGCCUGAAGCCUGCGGUCUGCAAUGCUGUCUUCGAUGCCUGCUAUGAGAAGGGUGCCGCGGAGCUGCUGCCUGCGGAGGUGCGGCGCAUCGUGGAGGGGUGCCUGGUUCAAGUGACAGCCGCGGAGACGAUCGCGCGCGACGUUGCGUCGCUCAAGACCACCUUGCAAAUUGUUUCACAUGAUAAGGACACUGUGUUCCUGGUGGGGGAGAAGGAGUUUGUGGGCACUGGCGGCGACUGGGCGCCGCGGCGGUGGCGGUGA